UGGGAAUAAAGGCUGUGGUGUCAUCAGCCCUGGGCACUAAGGGACAGCGGUGAUCAUGAGUGACUUCAAGGAAGCCAGGGUGCAGCAGCUGGGUCCUCUGGGGUGCCUGGGCCAUGGCCACGUCCCCCUGGUCCUGCAGCUGCUCUGCCUCACGGUCUUAGCUGGGAUCCUGGUGGCUGCCCUUGUCCAAGUCUCCAAGGUCCCCAGCUCCCAGGAACAGGAGCAGGAGCUAGUGAAGCAGGAGAAGGUGUACCAGGAACUGACCCAGCUGAAGGCAGCAGUUGACCGCCUGUGCCGCCCCUGCCCCUGGGACUGGACGUUCUUCCAAGGAAACUGUUACUUCUUCUCCAAGUCCCAGCGGAACUGGCAUGACUCCGUCACCGCCUGCCAGGAAGUGGGGGCCCAACUAGUCGUCAUCAAAAGCACUGAGGAGCAGAGCUUCCUGCAGCAGACUUCUGACAUCCAAGGCUCUGCCUGGCUGGGGCUCUCGGACCUGAAUAAGGAAGGCGCAUGGUACUGGGUGGAUGGCUCUCCUCUGUCACUCAACCUCACGAGAUACUGGAUGCCAGGGCAGCCCAACAACCGUGGCGGACAGGACUGCGUGGAAGUGCGAAGCAGUGGCUGGAAGGACUCCAAAUGUGAUUACAAGAAAUUCUGGGUGUGCAAAAGAUUUGCAGCUUCCUGCUCCACUGAGUGACUGCUGGUUCCUCCGCGCCACGCCUGCCUCCUGAACAGCCCUGCAGGUCUCAGAACUCCACCCAGGUUUAUGCCAAGCCCUUCCCCUGCCUAUGGACAUCGAGGUUUUAAUACAAGCUCUGGGACUCUUCUCUGGGAUGCCUCAAUCCCUGUGGGGCUGAGCCCACGUGGGGUGACACGGGCCCUCCCUCCUGGGCCUCUAGGUUGCCCCUGGCUUUAAGGGGUGGUUGUGUCUCACCUUUGCAGUCCCAUCCAGUGCCCAGGAGUGGGGCCUAUUCUCACAGGUGUGGGCUGGGUGUGUUCCACUAAUCUACUCCGUCUUCCCUGCUGAGACCAGAGGGUUUGCAUGACCAUGUGUAGCUGCUGCCAUGUCCCCCAGGGCCUAUCCCACCUCUGCAUGACUUUCCUCCAUCUGCCCAACUUCCAUGACCCUCCCCUGCAACCCGUUUGCCCAGGGCCCUCUCCUGGUUGCCGUAGCUCACCCUGGAGGCUGGAAGCAUGAAGGAAUUCAUUCCCCCAGUCAAUCAAGGACUGUCAGGAGCUGCAGCAUGAACACCCAGCCCUGCCUCCCUGGGUGACCCUGGUGGACCCUGAAGUAUGCCUGCCAGCUCUCUUCAGGGAGGGACACGCUGGCCUGCUGCUGGGAGUUCCUUGGAGGCAGCUGACACCUCUCAGCCUCUUCCAGUCUAGACCCUACUGCAGGGAGCUGCCUUCUCCAAGGCCGGGAUCCUUCCUGGUGCAGCCCAGAUGGGUACAGGCCCGUGAAGAUCUGUCCACGUUGGGUCCACAUGGGGCACCCCUGAAGGACCAUGCAGGUUCCAGAGCUCCCAUGGAGUCCUCUGUGGCUGCUGUCAGACCUCCUCUGCUGGACUGUCCCCCUCCCUGCUCCUAUUCCCUUCCAAUGGCAUAAUAAAAAUAUCUUUUUGAUCCUGA